GAGAAGAUGUUUAGCUUUCUUAGUUCAUAAUAAUACAGUGAAAGCAGAACUUGAUAACCAGGUGAACAUAUUGGACAUCCGGGUCACCUGCUGGAAUGCAGUAGGUGAGUUUAGGGUUAAAUACCUGCGGUGGGCGGGGCUUCGGUGGGCUGACAGAAACAACUGCCCGACCUUUGAGACAACAGAAACUGAAGGAACCCAGCAUGGCCACAGACUUCACUCAGGACGCGGUUCUGGUUUUCCUGCAGCGCUGCGGCGGUUCGGCCAAAAACACCGAGCUGCUGGCCCACUUCUUGCCCUACCUGCGGGACAAUCCGGAGAACGUCGGGAACCGAGAUCGCUUCAAGAGUUUCGUCAACUCCGUGGCAACCGUGUCGAAGAUCGACGGGGUGUCCACCGUGACCCUCAGGAAGAAGUACAGAGGAUAUGUUUCCGGUGCAGGUUCGGGCAGAGAUUCCGCGGAACCAGGUCCGGUCGGAGCCAGCUUAUCUCCGGCGGUAAGCCUCACCCCACCGGGAGACACCGAGAGGAAUUCCGCCCUACCUGCGGCUGGGAUCGUGGUGGAGAGCGGUACCAGGCUGAACUACAGGGAGAACCCGAGUCCUGAAUCCGUCCAGGUAGGAAACCGGGUCCCAGAACUUUCAGAGAUUCCUUAUCGGAGCAAAACGGAGGAACAGAACAGGCUGGUUACAGCUGUGAGACAUCAGGACUACAUCCCUGAGCCAAUCAGAUGGCAGGAAAUGCCUCAAGAAAGUUUUGUUCCAGCCCCCACCAGAAGACAGGAAGCCCCCCAUCAGGACCGCUUUCCAGAACCGAUCAGAGAACAGGACUAUGAACCUAUUGGAGGACAUAUUGUCAACCACCAGGACUACACACCCAGACCUCCUGGAAGGCAUGAAGUCCCUCAACAGGACUUCCCCCAUAUGCCCUCUAGGAGAGUGGACAAACAGAGAACAGUUCCUGAACCCGUUAGAGGACACAUCGUCGGCCGUCAGGACCAUGCCCCAGACCCCGGUGAAAGGUGGGAUCCCCCAAAUCAGGGAACUGCCUCAGAACCCAAUAAAGGACGUAUCGUCAGCCGUCAGGACCAAUCCCCAGAUCCCAUCAGAGGACAGAAGACCUUUCAUCAGAACCGCGUUGCUGAACCCCUCAGAGGACAUGUUGGUAACCGUCAGGACCACUUCCCAGCACCCGUUAGGGGACAGCAGGUCCUUCAUCAAAGUCCAUUCCCAGCCCCCAACAGAAGAAGGGAUGUCCCACAUCAGGAUCCAAGAGGAUAUAUGAUUAGCCGUGUCCCAGAACCAAUCGGAGGACAGAAUGUGUUUUAUCAGGACCCCAGCAGAGAUCCCCUGAGAGGUUGGGAGGUCUCUGCCCACCAUCCCACACCUCAACCACCAAGAGGACAGCAGAGCUUUUAUCAGGUCCCUCAAAAUCCAGAACACCUCAGAGGAUGGGAGAUUCCUUAUCAGGAUCCCAUUCCUGAAUACCUCAGUGGACAGCAGGUCUCCCAGAAUCCAGAACCUCUCAGGGGACAAUGGAUUCCUUAUCAGGUCCCUCAAAAUCCAGAACCUCUGAGGGGACAACGGAUUCCUUAUCAGGCCCCUCAAAAUCCAGAACCUCUCAGGGGACAAUGGAUUCCUCAUCAGGUCCCGCAGAUACCAGAACACCUCAGGGGACAGGAGAUUGCUUAUGAAGACCCUGUCCCAGAAGCCUUCAGAGGACAGAACAUCUAUUAUCAAGAUUCCAUUCCAGAAUACCUCAGUGGACAUCAGAUUCCCCAAAAUAUAGAACUUCGUAGGGGACAGCAGGUCCCCCAGAAUCUAGAACCUCUGAGGGUACAACGGGUUCCUCAACAGAUACCAGAACACCUUAGGCGACAGGAGAUUCCUUAUGAGGACCCUGUCCCAGAAGCCCAAAACAUAUUUUAUCAGCAUCAAAUUCCAGAAUAUCUCAGUGGACAUCAGGUCCCACAGAAUCGAGAACCUCUUGGGGGACAGCAGAUGUCUUAUGGCCCUGUUCCAGAACCUAUCAGAGGACAGGAAAUCUAUUUUCUAGACUCCAAUCCAGACUUACACAGAGAACAGAAGAUUCCUUAUCAGGAUCCAAUACCUGAAUACCUCAGUGGACAGCAAAUCCCCCAGAAUCCAGAACGUCUUUGGACAGCAGGUCCUCCAGAACCUGAGAGAAAUCUAGAACCUCUCAGAAGACAGCAGGUCCACCAGAAUCUAGAACCUCCUAAUGGACAGGAGAUACCCCAGAAUCCAGAACUAUGUAGGGUACAUCAGAAGAAUCCAGAACUUCUUAAGGGACAGCAGCUCCCCCAGGGUCAAGAACCUCUUAAGGGACAGGACAGCAGGUAUCCCAAAAUCUGGAACCUCUUAAAGGACAGCAGGUCCCCCAAAAUCUGGAACCUCUUAAAGGACAGCAAGUCCCCCAGAGUCCAGAACUACGUAGGGUACAUCAGAAUAACCCAGAACCUCUCCAGGGACAACAGAUCCCCCAGAGUCAAAAACUUCUUAAGGCCCAGCAGGUCCCCCAAAAUCUGGAACCUCUUAAGGGCCAGCAGGUCCCCCAAAAUCUAGAACCUCUUAA